ACUCACUAUUUUUCUUUUUAAAAGUCCUUUUAUGUGCAUUUUUUUCCUGUAUAUCCUUGGUGUUUUUCUCAUUUUCAAGGUUUAAAGAUGCUUUCAAGAGGAGGGGAUCAUUCCAACCUUCAACAAAAAAGAAAAGCUGUCAUAGGUCUGAACAAGAUUACACCUCGACAUUUGCCCAAAAAAGGCUUUGUAGCGAUGCCAGAACAAGCAAAAAGAGUGAAACCGAUGAAGAAGAAAAGGAAAAGGACUAAUACCAUGUUUAAUGUGAGCCUGCCUAUAGGUAAAGGUGAACUUCUGCUGGAGAGAAGGUCCUUUGACACGGAUAAUCUUUUUGAGUCAUCUGCAUCACCUUCAUCUAAAUCGGAUCUAGCUACAUCACCCUCUGAGGUUUUAGAAACCAGGUCUCCUAUAGAUAGCCCUGUAGACAUUAUUGAUAUACAGUUAGAGCUUCAAACAUCUCAACUAGAGCAACAGCUCUACCAAGAAGAUACAGACUCUGGUGAUUAUAUGUCAGAAAAGCACAUCACAGUCACGGUAUUUCAGGGCGAAGAUGGUUAUGUUGGUGACAACCUGCCUGGACUAAAUAAGUUAAGGGGAUUUCAGGAAUGCUCAAGUAAAGACUGGACAUAUGAAGAUUUGCAGGCCCAGAAUGGGGGACAUUUUGCUGCUGGAGCCCACUCUGAGGAGUUUUCACCUGUUGACUCCUACUACAGAGAGGGGAGCUGUGGCACCAAUAUUUGGUACAGUUCAGCAUCAGCUGGAGCAGAAAGGGAAGCAUUGAGGCUAGAGAGAGAAAGCAAUGAGAUAAUCUCAAGUUAUGAAAAGCAGCGUCAAAACCAGCUGCCAUCAUGGAGCGAUGCAGGUUUUCACACAGGUAGGGUGUGGGAACAACAAGUCCCCUAUUUAAAGGAUGCCAGGAUAAACGUGGAAACUCACUCAGGAGAUAUUCCUGUGUACAGGGGCAGCUUUCUAUUGGAUCCUAGAGGACAAGUUCAUGAGACUGAACAGAGACAAGCCCAGACAUACACAAAAUUCACUACUGACUAUCACCAAACGGCUUCACAGCGUUACACGACUCCGUCUACAGCGUUAGAAUUCCAUCCAAUACAACAGAGGCUGAUGUUUCAUACCUGUUACGAUGCUUCAUCCAGAGCCACCCAAGGAGCUUUACCCCGCACCACCCAGGGGCCUUUACUCCGCACCACCCAGGGUCCUUUACUUCGCACCACCCAGGGUCCUUUACUCCGCACCACCCAGGGUCCUUUACUCCGCACCAACCAGGGGGCUUUACCCCACACCAACCCAAACUUUAUGUAUCCAGUCACAGAUGGAGCUGGUUGGGGAUGGACUCAGGCUGAUGCCUUCAUUCAGCCAGGACAAUCUGCGUGCUACACUCCCAGUCCUGAAGUUUAUUUCAGCGCUGGCAUUCCAAACUGAAUAAAAACAAACUUCACGACUCACAUGGUUAAGUGUUAAAAAUUAGACUAGCUCAAAAAUAUGCCCUACCAUUAAUACAAGUUGGAGUCUCCUAAUGUAAAAUGAAAUAAUUUGGCUGUUGUAUUUGUUUUUUAUUAUGUUUUUUUUUUUUUUUUUUUCAAAUAAUUCCUGAAUUGGAAAUGAAUGUUGAAGGACUUAAGGGAUCACAUUAUGAAACAUGUCAUUGGAUGUGACCAGAUGUAAACAAACACCAGAACAUGAGCAAAAUCUUACAUGAAGUGUAAGACCGAGUCCAAACCAACAUGAAAUUUUAUUGUUUCAAGCUCUACUUUUAUUUUGCCAAACUGAUGCAUUGUUGUUGUUUUUGUUUUGUUUUUUUAAAUGCUGCUGUUUAUAUUUGUUCAGACGUAUUAAAGUCCCGUAAGGCUAGGGAUUGUUCUUCUAGAUUAAUUCUUUGCAAUGUCUGAGCCACUGUUUUUUCUUUUUUUUACGGUUAAAGCACAACUGCAUUUAUUAUGUGUAGCUUUGCAAAUCUAACCCUGCAACAAUAUGCUGAGAUUUGUUGCAUUUUGUUUUUAGGGCUGUCAGAUUAAGUUUGUUCUGUUAAUGCUGUCAUUCACUUCAAUUUAAAGGGAAAUGAUAGACCAAUUCUCAUGGUCUGUGUUACAAUGCUGCAUCUCAAGAAGCCUCUGACUAACACACAUUCUGGAGAAGAUCAUACUCUGGUUUGUCCAUUAUGUUUUUCAUAUUAUCAGGCAUCCGUUUUUGCACAGUCGUCUCUAGAUUUGGUUUUACCAAAGAAGAUGUUCGUGAUCCCAGUUUUUGCAUUUGAAUUUCCACCACUGUAUAUUUUGAAUGUGCAUCAGUGGAGUUAUUCUUAAUCAAACUUUACUUAUAGAUUAUUUUUCAUACUGUCAGAUGUAACAAAAGCGUCUUUCAUAGGUGCUGAAAUCCUAGAGUUUCAGAUCCAUAAAGCAAAAAUAACUAGAUUAAUUAAAAUUGAGAAGUGGCUUGUUUUUCCAGAAACAGGAAUUGAACAGAUCUACUAUGUCAGUUCUUGUUUUGGAUCUGUUGUGUUUCACUCAAAUUUAUGACUUUCCUAAACCUUUGUAAUGAAAGUACUAAUUGAACUAUUGGAAAAUGUGUUCACCUUAUGUAGUGCGGUAUGAAUUGAUGAAAUACUCUGGUAUGGAAUAUAAAAUGUUACGUUUCAGUUUUGAAUAAAUUGCGGUGCCUUCUGAACCUUACAUUGAAACAUUAGUGUUAAGGUUUUCUAAUAAUAAAACACAUUUGAAUAUUU